AGGCAAACUCAGACGAGCACAAGAAUGAGCAGCCCCAGUUAGAGUACAACAGGAUUUCGGAGCAUUGUAAUCAUCGGAUUACAGACUGAUUAGCUAGUGCCUCCUGUGAUUCUUGUGCUGUUCCCUUGCAGAUUACUGGACCUGUUGAACAAUGAGCCUGCAGUGGACGGCAGUUGCGACCUUCCUCUAUGCUGAGGUGUUUGCUGUCUUACUUCUGUGUAUUCCCUUUAUCUCCCCCACCAGAUGGCAGAAAAUCUUCAAGUCCCGUUUGGUGCAGUUGGUGGUGACGUACGGCAACACAUUCUUUGUGGUCCUCAUUGUGAUCCUAGUGCUUCUCCUGUUAGAUGCAUACCGUGAGAUCCAAAAGUAUGGUGUAGGAGAACUGGUUGACCUGAAGAAUAAUCCAGUGGCGGUGGAGCAUAUUCACAUGAAACUGUUCAGAGCACAAAGAAACCUGUACAUCGCUGGCUUCUCCCUGCUGCUGUCCUUCCUCCUGAGGCGCCUGGUCACUCUCAUCUCCAAACAAGCCACACUCAUUGCAUCUAACGAGGCCUUCAAGAAACAAGCAGAGAGCGCCAGUGAUGCAGCCAGGAAGUACAUGGAGGAAAAUGACAAGCUGAAGAAGGAUAUGAAAGCCCUUGGAGUGGAGGCGAGUGACCUGCCAGACACUACUGUAGAGGACAAGAAGAAACUUAAAGAUGAAGUCCGCAAGCUCACGGAGGAGCUGGAUUCCACCAAGAAAAGUUUACAGAAGUCCCAGAGUGAUGUAGUCGCCAUCAAGAAGCAGUGCGAGGGUCUCACCACGGAGUAUGACCGUCUGCUGGAGGAGCAUUCCAGGCUACAGGCUGUAAAUGAUGGAACAAAGGACAAGAAAGAAGAGUGAGGAAAUGGCCUGUCACUUUGGCAGCUUCCAAGCGUCCUCCAUCAAUGCCGUCAUACAAUUUCCAGUGCAAGGUGGCUGAGCGGGUUACUAGGCAGCGCUUCAUAUUGAUGCACACUUGGCGCUGGUCUCUUUCUGGUGAUGGCAGCAGCUCUGCGACCGUCCGCUCUGCACCUUACUCUCAUUUCUCUUUUACCCCAGUUGUGUAGUUUACCUUCUGAAAGGAUCAUGUUAAAGUUAAAAUUUCCAAAUCUUGACAGAGUUCCUUUGAUGUCUCUGACUUUGUAUUAUUGAAAGAUUUGUGGUUGACAUAAAUUAAUAUAUGACCAGAAACCGUCGCCUCUGUAUCAGACACAACAGAGACCACUUUACUGCUCUGGUUUAACCAACUUUGGGGUAUUUUUACUUUGCCUGUCUGUAAUGUCUGCCAUACUGGUCUUAUUAGACAAGUCUAGUUUCUCUCCAGAAAAUUGGGUGUGUAAUAAAUAAAGGGUUGUAAUUGUCCCGCUUAGCUCUAUUCCCUAUAACAAAUGUCUGUUUAUUAUGUUGGCUCACAAGGUGCUGCAUCUGUUUAGUUUCCUGGGAUGCUAACAAGUACGUUUUUCACAUGCACCAAUGUUGAAAUGACUUCAAUGGUUCCAAGGAUUACAAAAGUUUACGAUAUCAGAUGGAUUUAUAAUUUGUGUAAUUAAGUCCACGACGUCUGUUUUGCUGUGUCACCAAUAAAGCUUUUAUUUUGGGAAUCUGAA